CUUAAGGGACGCUCCGCUGCCUCUGUCUCUCCAGACACCCUCUGGCCGCGGCAGCUGAACGAUGGCAGACGGUAAGCGCCCCUCCCCGCCCCUGCUUGGCCGGCUGAGCAGAGCUGCUCUCCUUCUCCCUCGGGGCGAAGAGACUGAGAGGGUCCUGCAUCUGUUCUCCCCUCCCUCACGCGCCCCCAGCGCAAAAUCCUAACUCAAGUAGCAGAAGAAAAAUGCUGGAAAGCAAAGCAAAUAUCCCUCCCUAUGGAUUCUUUGCCCAUCUUAGACCCUGUUGGAGGGCGAAGCUGUGCCGUUCUGGUGGCCUUACCUGAAAAAAGGACAUUGUAGAGCUGGGAAAAGGAUCAGCAAAAGGGCAGCCGAAAGGAUCAAGGGUGUGUGUGUUUUUUUUAGUUUAGAGAAAAGGCGAGCAAGGCUUCUCUUAAGAUAGGGGUGUAUAAGAUGAUGUGUUAUAAGGUGUACAUUCUUUGUUUCUUCAGCUUGUAAACCGCCUUGGGGUAUUGUAAAAUAGAAAGGCGGUAUACAAUUUAAAAGUGAAAUGAAAUGACGGCGUGGAGAAAGCGAACAGGGAGAAACUCCAUCUGUCAUAACACUAGAACUCCUUGGUAUCCAACCAAGUUGAAUGUUGGAAGGCUCAGGACAGGCGAAGGAGUGUUGUAAUUCGCUCCCCAAGCUGUAGUAAGGGCUAUCAACUUGGAUGGCUUUAAAAGAGAAUUAAUUAGACUCCUGGAGGAGAAGGCUGUUGAAGUCUGCUAACCCCGAUGCCUCUGUUCUCCCUCCACUGUCAGAGGCUGUGUGCUCCUGAGUACCGGUUGCUAGAAACCUCGGGAGGGGAGAGUUGCUGUUGCACUUGGGUCCUGCUUGCAUUGGGAAGUCUGGCUAGCCACUGGGGGAAGGGAUGCUGGAGGAGAUGGGUCCCCGCUGGCCUGGCCCAGCUGCUGUAGGGCUCUUAUUGCAUUUCUUGUUCCUUGGGUCUGAGGAUGUUGGUGCAUAAUGACACCAAGUCUCUAGUGGUCCACGCGCUUUCCUUCGGUUCCCACAACCGCAGCAGCACCCCUAGAAACGGGGCAGCUUUGACUUCGGCGCGGGAUUCCACCAUGCUUUCCGAAUUCAGGGUCCCGUCCUCCUUCCCGCUGCAAUGGAGAAAUCCUGGGCUUAUAGGGAGAGUUCCCCACGCCCCAGAGUUUCCUUUCCAGUUUCUUCUUCCCCUAGAACUGAGCCCCAGACACCCAUGGGGGCGGGGCUUUUGCCUGCCUUGGCAGUGCUCUGCUCGGCGCAGCUUCCCUAUUUCUGUGGGGCAAGCGGGUGAUAGAAGUAGAGAAUCGUAGGCUUGGAAGGGACCCCAAGGCACAUCUAGUCCAACCCCCUGCAAUGCUGGAAUCUCAACUAGAUCAUACAUGGCAGGUGGCCAUCCAACCUCUGCUUAAAAACCUCCAAGGAAGGAGAAUCUACCAUCUCUCGUGGUCAGUCCCUUCAUUUCCCUCCUCACCGGACGGGCGGCAAUUAGGGGGUGGAAUUAGCCACGAAGAGGAGCAGGGAAGCAGUGUAGUCUGAAACAGCUGGUGGGGUCCUCCGGCAGAAGCACCUUUCCCCAGUAUACAGGCGCCGCGGUAGGAGGAACUUCUUCGGCCAAGGACUCCAGAGUUCGGCUGGAAAGAAGCCGUUGCCGCCGACGCAGCUCUCGGGUUCCACCGCCCAAUGGCUCCAAGUGCUGCCGCGGGAGCUCCGAGCCUGACUUUCCCCUCUCCUUUUUCUCCUCCAGAAAGGCUCCCCGAGACCGCGGUUGACAAAUUCUCUUACGGUAAGGAAAGGGAGUGAGUGGGGAGGGGAGCUGUGUUAAACUUACGGCUCGCUUCCUACAGUAAGGGGUGGGGUGUGUGACGCCCAAUCCCAUAUGGCAAAGCCUAGAAAAUAUUUUCUUUGGGUUGGGUGCAGAUUCAGCUUAAACCAUGGUUAUACAGUGGUACCUCGGGUUAAGUACUUAAUUCGUUCCGGAGCUCCGUUCAUAACCUGAAACUGUUCUUAACCUGAAGCACCACUUUAGCUAAUGGGGCCUCCUGCUGCCGCCACGCCGCCGGAGCACGAUUUCUGUUCUCAUCCUGAAACAAAGUUCUUAACUCGAGGUACUAGUUCUGGGUUAGCGUAUGUAACCUGAAGUGUAUGUAACCCGAGGUACCACUGUAUUUGCAAUUGUUUGAAAGAUGAAACAAAGGCAGCAAUACUUUCAAACGCAAUAAACAGACUACAACAGUGCAAUACAUUGUACCACCAGAGUCAUGCACCAUACAUUCCCUGUUAUUAAAGUCAUAAAGUUUGGGGUUGGAAAGUGAGGGUUGUAUGUCUUUCCACUUCCUCCCAAAUUUGUUCUUUUCCCUUCCCCUGUAAAGUAUCAAAACCUGCUCUACUCCCCCAGCUUCAAAACUGGCAGAGAUGUAGCAGCUAAUUGCUCUGUUGAAUUCCCCUGUAACUUAGCCAGGGAGGGGAGGCUCCCAAGAAAGCUGAUGCUUGGAGCCAGAGGGACUCCCUGCAAUUGCUGCAUGGGCUUAGAUUAACUCUCUCUCUCUCCCUCUUUUCCCCCUGAGAUUAUGAAACCAUUCGCAAUGGGGGCCUGAUCUUUGCGGUUGUGGCCUUUUUGAUUGGACUUGCCAUCAUCCUCAGUAAGUACUGCAUUUUUUUCUGGGGUGGUGGUGGGCAGUGGUCUUGUCUACAUAAUGGCAGAGGGGAGUGUAGACCAGAGGAAAGAGAGUGCCAAAGUGGGGUGGGUGUCUCUGGGGGCAGAAAGGAGGAGGGAGGGAGCAGCUUCUUUCCUCGCCCAGCUCAACAAUAAGCAAACUGGUGGUGGAGCCCCUGACCUACAAGACGUUACUCAGCAUGCUCCUGAUGUGUGUUCACAAAGGCCCAUGCAAAUGGGUGGAUGGGGUGGGCACCAUGCCUGCUGCUUGUGGGAAAGAGGAGCGGUUUCUGAGUGCAAAAGUUGAGGUAAAAAUCCCUCCCUUUGGGUGCCCCGUGCCCCUUUCCCCACCUUCCUGCUGUCAUUACCCCAGGGAUAUGCUGUAGGAAAAUUCCAGCAGCCCUUGUGAUCCAGUGGAACUUCCCCAGAGGAAGAUUCCUGUAUUUGGUCACAGGUGCCCCUUCAGCCCCUCCCUACCCCACAGCGAGAAAGUGAACUAGGGGGGCGGGGUGCCUGUUCCCCACCUCUCCUGAAGGUAGAUCUGUUGUGGCCUGUCAGCACACACCCAGGCUCCAGGCGUGAGUGGGGAGGGGGGAAAGGUUCUGGUGAACUUCAGCCCUUGGCUCACACUUGACCAAUCCAGAGACUGAAGCCCCAGAUGAAAAAUUAAGUUCAGCAGGUAAAGCUUCUCCUGACAUUGAUUGUUAUCUCUAUGCUAGGAAAAGCUUCACCUGCUAGAUCUCAGGAGCAGGAACAGAAAAGGAGAGGAAGGGUCCUACCACAAAGCAACUCCCCUUCCUACCAAAUCCCAAGAAGGAUCUUCCUGCCUGCCUGAGUGGCAGUUACCGUUUUAGCCCCACCCCCAGCCUCUUUGACCUGCUUGUGAGGCCAUUCCCAGUCUGUGGGUCACUGCAAUGUCAGAGGUCCCCUAUCCUGCUGUUAAAGAGUUAAACACUUCCCGCCUCACAUAGUCACAAACACACUUCUCCAUCCCUGAGCUUUGCUAGAUUUUUAUCUCAGUGGAAAUUUCCAGUUCUGCAGCAGCACAUGAAAUUCAAGGCUCAGCCAGUGUUGACAGGUGGUGAGAGGGUGGAAGGCCCCCCUGAAAUGGAGUGUCAGGAAGAUAAGAUGUGGGGAGGGCCACAGGGCGUGCCAACCAGUGUUCUGCCAUGGAGAGAUUUGGGGAUUGUUUUCCUGGCAGUGGCAGGCCUUGUCAAAUUUCAGCAGCGCCCUGUGUAAAGCCAAAAUUUGGUGCUUCUGCCUCUCGCCUUCCAUUCUACAUCAUAGUUUUGGAGCCACCUGCAGUGCCCCCUGAUGCCCUGCACCCAGUGCGGUCAAACCAGUUGCACUCCCCUAAAUCUGCCUCUGUUCCUGGGCUAAGUGGGGGUGGGAAGAGUGAGGUUAUGGGGCAGCAGCAGGCUGUAAAGAAAACCUUGAGGAAAAUAUGGGUUGGAGGGGGGUGCCCACCAUGGGGGAAGGCAGGGCACUCUUGUUUGUCUGAGGCCUCAUCCUGUCUCUUUCAUUCCAGGUCGGCGUUUCCGCUGUGGAGGAAAGAGGAAGCGAAGGUGGGUGCAAUUUUGUCAGGAUUUCCCCCCUGCCCCAUCCCUUCUCUGGGCACAGACUGCAUGGAAGGCAGUCUGCAGGGCACCCAGAUCAUGUUAACGGAGGUGUGGUCUUCUCCCUUCCCUUUUUCUAGGCAAGGAGAUGAUGAAGAUGACGCAGUCUGAACUCUGGUAUGUUUGGUGGAGGCUGAGGGGCCUCAGAGGUGCCUUUCCUCUGGCAACAGCUUGAAGGGGCUCUAGCCAGGUACUGCCCCUUGACCAGAGGGGUCCUUUGGGAAGGGAAGCCUCCAAUGAGGGGUCCCCUUCCUUGCCCUUGCUAGUCAGUUGCUCAUCUUGGGCUUCACUGCUGCUUGUUGCAGACCCUGUUCUCCAGGGCCAUGCCAGGCCUUGGAGUCCCCUUCAAAUCAGUCACACAUGACCCAGUCCCAGUCUAGGAGAUCAAUUUCUGGACCAGGGAAUGUGGUCAUCUUGAGCUAUCCCAGCCCAGGGAAGGAAAUUUCCCCAAGGCUGUGCAAGGAACAUGCCCCCUGGAAAGACUCCACUAACACCAGAGCAAUUGCCUCUUUUUAUGGAUUCUCUUAUCUCUUUAUACUGCCCUGCCAGAAUACUUGGCGCCUUACAGAGCUGCAGGAGCAACAAUGGAAGAUCCCUGCUCUCAAAGAGCUUCUAAAAUUGAGUCAUGGGGGAAGCAACAGACAUGGAGGGAAGGAUGGUGGGGCAUGUAUAGCUUGGUUAAGGUUGGUUCACCAACAUUUGAUCUCUUCUACUCUCCCCCUUUGCAGCACUCCUCUGACCAGCCGAUGAGGUCCCUGCUGGAGCCAAAGGCCCAUCACAGCAGCCAAAUCUUUUGCACUCGACAAAUGAACAGAGCAGCUUUCUGAUUUCGGAGCUGCACCCAGUCUGCCUGGAAUUCUCUUUCUGUAAAACAGAUUGCUUUCUUCUGUGCUUUAUUUAAUAAAAUGUCCACUAGGGAAGAGUGA